AUGCCGAAGAACAGCAAGGUGACCCAGCGUGAGCACAGCGGCGAGCAUGUCACGGAGUCGGUGGCCGACCUGCUGGCCCUCGAGGAGCCAGUGGACUACAAGCAGAGCGUCCUGAACGUGGCGGGCGGGCCAGGCGGCAAGCAGGCGGCGGCGGAGGAGGAGCUGGACGCCGAGGACCGGCCAGCCUGGAACAGCAAGCUGCAGUACAUCCUGGCCCAGAUCGGCUUCUCCGUGGGCCUCGGCAACAUCUGGAGGUUCCCCUACCUGUGCCAGAAAAACGGAGGCGGUGCCUACCUGGUGCCCUACCUGGUGCUGCUGAUCAUCAUUGGGAUCCCACUCUUCUUCCUGGAGCUGGCCGUGGGCCAGCGCAUCCGCCGGGGCAGCAUCGGCGUGUGGCACUACGUGUGUCCCCGCCUGGGGGGCAUCGGCUUCUCCAGCUGCAUCGUCUGCCUCUUUGUUGGGCUGUAUUAUAAUGUGAUUAUCGGCUGGAGCAUCUUCUACUUCUUCAAGUCCUUCCAGUACCCACUGCCCUGGAGCGAAUGUCCUGUCGUCAGGAAUGGGACCGUGGCAGUGGUGGAGGCGGAGUGUGAAAAGAGCUCGGCCACCACCUACUUCUGGUACCGAGAGGCCUUGGACAUCUCCAACUCCAUCUCGGAGAGCGGGGGCCUCAACUGGAAGAUGACCCUGUGCCUCCUCGUGGCCUGGACCAUUGUGGGCAUGGCCGUGGUCAAGGGCAUCCAGUCCUCGGGGAAGGUGAUGUAUUUCAGCUCCCUCUUCCCCUACGUGGUGCUGGCCUGCUUCCUGGUCCGGGGGCUGCUGCUGCGAGGGGCCGUCGAUGGCAUCCUGCACAUGUUCACGCCCAAGCUGGACAAGAUGCUGGACCCGCAGGUGUGGCGGGAGGCGGCCACGCAGGUCUUCUUCGCCCUGGGGCUGGGCUUCGGGGGCGUCAUCGCCUUCUCCAGCUACAACAAGCAGGACAACAACUGCCACUUCGACGCCGCCCUGGUGGCCCUGAUCAACUUCUUCACCUCGGUGCUGGCCACCCUCGUGGUGUUUGCUGUGCUGGGCUUCAAGGCCAACAUCAUGAAUGAGAAAUGCGUGGUUGAGAAUGCGGAGAAAAUCCUGGGGUACCUCCACACCAACAUCCUGAGCCAGGACCUCAUCCCUCCCCACGUCAACUUCUCCCACCUGACCACCAAGGACUACUCGGAGAUGUACAAGGUCAUCAUGACCGUGAAGGAGGACCGUUUCUCAGCCCUGGGCCUUGACCCCUGCCUGCUGGAGGACGAGCUGGACAAGUCCGUGCAGGGCACAGGCCUGGCCUUCAUCGCCUUCACGGAGGCCAUGACGCACUUCCCCGCCUCCCCGUUCUGGUCCGUCAUGUUCUUCCUGAUGCUCAUCAACCUGGGCCUGGGCAGCAUGAUCGGGACCAUGGCGGGCAUCACCACGCCCAUCAUCGACACCUUCAAGGUGCCCAAGGAGAUGUUCACAGUGGGCUGCUGUGUCUUUGCAUUCUUCGUGGGGCUGUUGUUCGUCCAGCGCUCGGGAAACUACUUUGUCACCAUGUUUGACGACUACUCGGCCACCCUGCCGCUCACCGUCAUCGUCAUCCUCGAGAACAUCGCUGUGGCCUGGAUCUACGGGACCAAGAAGUUCAUGCAGGAGCUGACGGAGAUGCUGGGCUUCCGGCCCUACCGCUUCUACUUCUACAUGUGGAAGUUCGUGUCUCCCCUGUGCAUGGCUGUGCUCACCACGGCCAGCGUCAUCCAGCUGGGGGUCACGCCCCCGGGGUACAGCGCCUGGAUCAAAGAGGAGGCCGCCGAGCACUACCUGUACUUCCCGGACUGGGCCAUGGCGCUCCUGAUCCUCCUCAUCGUCGUGGCGACGCUGCCCAUCCCCGUGGCGUUCGUGCUGAGGCACUUCCACCUGCUGUCCGACGGCUCCAACACCCUGUCCGUGUCCUACAAGAAGGGCCGCAUGAGGAAGGACAUCUCCAACCUGGAGGAGAACGACGAGACCCGCUUCAUCCUCAGCAAGGUGCCCAGCGAGGCGCCCUCCCCCAUGCCCACCCACCGCUCCUACCUGGGGCCCGGCGGCACGUCGCCCCUGGAGCCCAGCGGCAACCCCAACGGACGCUAUGGGAGCGGCUACCUCCUGGCCAGCACCCCGGAAUCGGAGCUGUGA